GGGCCUCGCGACGGGUGGUGAAUUGGGCGCGCGACGAUUGUGAAUCCGGCGCGCGACGAUUGUGAAUUUGGCGCGCGACGAUGAUGAAUCCGGCGUGCGAUGGUUCUGAAUUACCGGCACCGGGCGAUUGGGAAGGAGAGGGGGCGAGGAUGAGCUUGUAGGAUGCCGGGUUCAGGUGAUGGGCCGCGUUCAGCAGGUGAUCGGUCGUCUCGCAGGUGAUGGGCCGCCUUCAGCAGGUGAUGUUCGACGAAGGUCCCUCAAGUUCAAGAUGGCGCACCGCCCCGGACAGGGACGCGAUCGAGGAAGCGUCCAGGCGAUAUCGCACGCGCUGCGCGAUGCCGGACGGAUCGUGUCAGCGACGGGCUCGAUCCCGGUUCCUGGGCGCAAGCAAGCUGGACAGGCAGCGUCCACGGAACGCCGGGGAACGCACGCGCAGGUGAGUAUCGCCAGAAGUGGGCGCGUUCCCAUGCACUGAGGUACGCGCGCCGCCGAAGAGCUCGGGGCGCGCCGCCACCAUCAGGAAUACACUGUCAGAGGGCGAGGAGGGGCGCGGCGGGCGAGUGACG